AUGGGACCGGGGAGGCUGGUGCCCACGCUGGUCCUGGCGCUUGUGCUGGCCAUGGGGUCCCAGCCACAGGAACAGCUGCCCAGGGAGGCCCACAGCCUCAACUGGAACAAGUUUUCAGGGUUCUGGUACAUUCUGGCUGUUGCCUCCGAUGGCCAGGGGUUCUUGCCUGGCAGACACAGGAGGAAGCUGGGGGCAUCCACGGUGAAGGUUCACAAAGUGGGCCAGCUGAAGGUGGUCCUGGCCUUUAGCCGGUCACAGGGGUGCCAGUCACACACGUUAAUUCUGCGGAAAGAUGGGAAGAAGGCGGUGUUCAGGAACACACGUGCGUAUGAUAGCCCGGGGCCGGGAGAGGGAGGCUGGGGAGUGAAGGGGGUGGAGGGUUUCCACGUGCUGUCCACGGACUACAGCUUCGGCGUGGUCUACCUGCGCCUGGGCCGCGCCGGCCGGACCGCCAAGAUGCUACUGUUCUUAAGCAGACAGAACACGUCCGGCUUCCCGAACAUGAAAAGAUUCGUAGACAUAUGUGAGACCUUGGAGCUCGCCGACGGUGUGACCGUUCUUCCGAAAGAUGCCUCCUGUGCGCACACCAUCCUGCCCUGA